CCGUUGGUUCACCCCCUAAAUGGCCACUAUGGCUGGCGCGCUGUGCCGAUCCGAAGCCAGGAGCCAGGUGCUUCCUCCUGGUCUCCCAUGUGGGUGCAAGGCCCAAGCACCUGGGCCAUCUUCCACUGCCUUCCCAGGUCACAGCAGAGAGCUGGACUGGAGGAGGAGCAACCGGGACAGAAUCCGGUGCCCCAACUAGAACUAGAACUAGAACCCGGGAUUCUGGCACCGCAGGCGGAGGAUUAGCCUAGUGAGCAAUGGUGCCAGUCUAGGUGACAUUUUUAAAAAAGAAAUAUUUAUUCAAAAGGCAGAGUUAUAUGUAGAGAGGGAGAGGGAGGGAGGGAGGGAGAAAGUGAGAGAGAGAGAGAGAAAGAUUGAUCGAUCAUCUGUCUGCUGGGUCACUCUCCAAGUGGCUGCACUGGUCAGGGCUGGCCCACGCUGAAGCCAGGAGCCUGGAACUCCCUCCAGGUCUCCCACUUGGGUGGUAGGGGCCCAAGUACUUGGACCAUCCUCCACUGCUUUCCCAGGUGCAUUAACAGCGAGCUGGGUUGAAAGUGGAUCAGCCAGGACUCAAACUUGUGCUCAAAUGGGAUGCUGGUGAUGCAGGUGACACUGUUGAACCCACUGUAGUCUCUAACACUUGUACAUAUCUCUGUGCUCAGAGUUCAAGGUCUUGACUGUUCUUUCCUGGACUCUCUCUUGGUUGUGUUUGUUUUGAGCAUUAUGUGUUUGUAUUAAGCAACUUUGAGAAGUGAUACCUUUAUCCCAGCAGAGAGCAGACUUGCUAACUACUUCCUAUAUAGGCAGUGAUUUCCCAUGCACAUUGUUUCUGUCCUGUUACACAAUCCACUGAUAGUCUGCUGGGCUGCUUGUAGAUCAGGGGAGAACUGAUGUAGACAUUUGGGCAGCUUAUUGGUAACAUGAAUAAUAAAGUACUUUGCCUUUAAUCUUCUGCUAACAUCCAUGAAACAAAUUAGUGUAUUACCUGCUGAUGGGAUAGCAUAAAAUAUCAGACCCCGACACAAGGUGCUGUGUUGUUGGUGUGGCUUGGGCCUGUAAUUCUCAUGCAGAGCUUUCUAGAAAGCUGGUUCAGAGCAUGCCAUCUAGCCUCGAUUGCUUAAGUGAGGACAUUUCCUUCUUAUCAUGUCCAGAUGUUACCAGCAAAGAUCUCAGAGAUCGUCCCUGAGCCCAGAAUGAAAAAGUGUGAGGGCACUGUCAGGGCUGUUCCCAGGAUCAUCUCGUCAUCUGAAGGGAACAAGUAGAACACAGGAGGCCUCUCUUCAUAUUGGAUCUGUCACCACUGAUUACUUCAGCCUCUAGCAAGUGUAGCCCAGUCUGUGUUAUGGAAUCUGGAUGGCCUUGACCAGCCGACCUCAGAAGGUGUGUUUGUGUCCUUUUCUGCCAGUUCAUCCUCUCCAGAUCUCUACCAACUUGUACAUAAUUCAGCAUCCAGCAGAGGAAAGCAGAGUGCUGCGGACAGUUCCUCUGCUGGCGGCAUGCCUCCCCCAGGACAAGUGCACAGUGAGAAUCGGUCGUCGCUUCAGUGAGGAGAGAGAUCCUGAACUUUCAAAUAUUUGCCGGAAAUCUGGGACAUUAGUAUUAUAUCCAGGGGCUGAAGCUACUAAUUUGGAAGAAUUUAUAUUAGAGUCUCCUGUUUAUCCUUCCACAAUCAUCAUCAUCGAUGGUACAUGGAGCCAGGCUAAGGACAUUUUCUAUAAGAAUUCCUUGUUCCGACUUCCCAAACAGAUGGCUGCAACUACUGUGCUGAUCGGAAGCCAGGAGCCAGGAGCUUCUUCCAGGUCACCCAUGUGGGUGCAGGAGCCCAGACCAUCUUCUGCUUUGGGCCAUCUUCUGCUGCUUUUCCUGGCCAUUAUUGGGAAGCUGGAUUGGAAAUGGAGCAGCUGGCAUUGAACCGGCAUUCAUAUGGGGUGCUGGCGCUGCAUGUAGCACCUUACCUGCUGAACCACAAUGCACAGUUAAAAUUUCUGAAUGCAGAAAGGGAUAUAAUUUGGCAUCUGAGAGGGGGCUACUCUUUUGUGUUUGUGAAAAAAGAUCUGUCAAAGGAAGCAGCACAACCGUGGAAACCAGCAGUUAAAAGGGGUUUUUAUGACCACUGGGAACAUAGCUUCCACCAUUUUUGCAUGUAAAUAAAUCCUCUAGAAUUUUAAUAUGGAAACAGUUGUGUCUUUGUAUACUUAAAAUGACAUGCGUUUGUGUUUUUUGCCGCUUCUAUUUUUUUAAAGUAGAGAUUCUUUUUUUAAAAGAUUUAUUUAUUUAUUUGAAAAACACAGGUACAGAGAGAGAGAGAGAGAGCGCUUCCAUUCACAGUGGUCAGAGCUGGGCAGAUCCGAAGGAGGAGCCAGGAGCCAGGAGCUUCAUUUGUUCUCCCAAGGGGGUGCAGGGGGCCAAGUUCUCAGGCCAUCCUCUGCUGCUUUCUCAGGCACACCAGCAGGGAACUGGAUUGGAAAUGGAGCAGCCAGGACUUGAAGCUGCACCCAUAUGGGAUGUUGGCGUCACAGGCAGUGGCUUUACCUGCUUUGCCACAACACCGGCCCCCUAGUUUAACAUUCUUAAGUAUUGGUUUGACAAAGGUAUAAAACAAAGUUUUACAAAACUGAGCUCGCAGCAGUAUUGAUACACAUAGGCAUUUCUUUCUUUUUUUAUUUUUUUCUAAGUUUUUAGCUGAAAUAUGUAAGGGAGAACAGGUAGUAUUUGUCUUGCUGUGUCUGGUUUAUUGAUUAUCUUUUAAAGCGUACUUUAGAAUAAUUUUACAUAGAAAUUGGAAAGAAACUGCAGAAAGUUCCAGUAUACCUUCACCCGGUUUUUCCUAAUGUUAACUCCUUCAGAAACCAUGGUGCAUUUGACAGAAUUAGCGAAGUAACGUUGUAUGACGUGAAGCUCGAAUUGCAGACUUUAUUCAGAAGUCACCAGUUUUUCCACAAUGUUCUCGCUCUAUUUUAGGACCAAUCCAGCAUUCCAUGUUGUAUGUCCCUUUAUCUCUCAGCUUGGCAGUUUUGUCUUCAUGGAUUUUCAUAGUCUUGUUCUGUGUUCAGAUUUGGUUCAUGUGGCGAUGCAGUGGAAUUUGAAGUUGUCUUCUCACCUCCAUGUGUAUGACACGAGUCUGUCUUGGCCCUCGUGGUGCUGAGCUGAAUUACUUGCUUAGGGUCGUGUGUGCCAUCUUUCUCCAUUGCAGUUACUGUUUUCUUUCUUUUUUUUUUCCUUCUUCUUCUUCUUCUUCUUCUUCUUUUUUUUUUUUUUUAAUUUGACAGAUAGAGUUAGGCAGUGAGAGAGAGAAAAGUCUUCCUUCCAUUGGUUCACCCCCCAAAUGGCCACCAUGGCUGAAGCUAUGCUGAUCUGAAGCCAGGAGCCAGGUGCCUCCUCCUGGUCUCCCAUACGCGUGCAGGAGCCCAAGCACUUGGGCCAUCCUCCACUGCCCUCCCGGGCCACAGCAGAGAGCUGGACUGGAAGAGGAGCAACCAGGACUAGAACUUAGCACCUGUAUGGGAUACCGGCGCCGCAGGUGGAGGAUUAACCAAGUGAGCCACAGCACUGGCCCCAGUUACUGUUUUCUUAAUACUUCAUUGGAAUUGAAUCCCUCGUUCCAGGCCACAUUCAAGGGGAGAAGAGUUAAGAUUCAUCACCUUGGCCGGCGCCGCGGCUCACUAGGCUAAUCCUCCGCCUAGCGGCGCCGGCACACCGGGUUCUAGUCCCGGUUGGGGCCCCGGAUUCUGUCCCGGUUGCCCCUCUUCCAGGCCAGCUCUCUGCUGUGGCCAGGGAGUGCAGUGGAGGAUGGCCCAGGUGCUUGGGCCCUGUACCCCAUGGGAGACCAGGAAAAGCACCUGGCUCCUGGCUCCUGCCAUCAGAUCAGCGCGGUGCGCCGGCCGCGGCAGCCAUUGGAGGGUGAACCAAUGGCAAAAGGAAGACCUUUCUCUCUGUCUCUCUCUCUCACUGUCCACUCUGCCUGU